AUGUUCGGAUAUGACAUGUCAUGGGCAUCGUUUCACGUUCUUGAAGUCAUGUCCUCAGUCAAAUAUCUUCAGAAACGAGUCGGAUACCUGGGAGCGGUGCAGAGCUUCCGGCCCGACACGGAAGUCUUAAUGCUUGCAACCAACCUGCUGAAGAAGGAUAUUGUCACUUCAAACAUCCCGAACAUGUCGCUUCCCUUGAUUACUCUGCCGCAUAUCAUCACACCUUCCCUGGCGAUGUCCUUGCUCCCUGAUAUUCUAUCACGGCUGUCACACUCGAAUCCCGUGGUCCGGAAGAAAACAAUCGUCUGUCUGUACCGAAUCGCGUUGGUCUAUCCCGAAGCCUUGAAGCUGGCAUGGCCGAAAAUCAAAGACCAUUUGAUGGAUGACCAAGAAGAUGGUAGCGUGACUACUGCAGCAAUCAAUGUCGUUUGUGAACUUGGAUGGCGACGACCUCAUGAUUUUUUGCCUCUCGCGCCCCGAUUCUUUGAGCUAUUGGUGGAUAGUGGGAAUAAUUGGAUGGCUAUCAAAAUCAUCAAACUUUUUGCAACAUUAACCCCAUUAGAGCCACGACUGACACGCAAGCUUUUGCGGCCACUGAUUAAUAUAAUCCAAACUACCUCUGCAAUGUCACUACUCUAUGAAUGCAUCAAUGGGAUCAUACAGGGUGGUAUACUGGACGGAGAAGACGGUCUUCAGGAACGGGACGACGUCGCCACCCUUUGCGUGGGUAAACUUCGUGGCAUGAUUGUGAUGGACUCUGAUCCCAAUUUGAAAUACGUCGCCCUUCUCGCAUUGAACCGUAUUGUUGCUACACAUCCAACCUUGGUUUCCAUGCAACAAGAUGUGAUCAUGGAUUGUUUGGAUGAUGCAGAUGUUUCCAUCCGACUGCAAGCCCUAGAGCUUGCCGUUGGGAUGGUCAGCAGUGAAACUCUUCAACCGGUUGUGAAUCGCUUAUUAGACCAACUGCGCCGAGCAUGCGUCCUCGCAGGUGAAUCGACGGAGGUACCCGAAGCCCCCGACGCAUCUGCAGUGUGGCCUAACGAUUACCGAACCGAGGUCAUCCACCGGAUCUUGGACUUAUGCUCGCAGAACAACUAUUCUGAAAUUGUUGACUUUGAAUGGUACAUAGCCGUGUUGGUACAGCUGGUCAGCCUUCUCCCUCCAAGUGAGAGUGACGAUGGUUGGUGUCAGCCCAAAGAACCAGACAACACACCUGAUCUGAGAAUGGACGCUGCGUUGAGAAUAGGGAUGGAGAUUCGUAACGUUGCUGUACGAGUCAAAGGCGUGCGCACAGAAGCUACCAGAGCGGCAGAAUCUCUGGUGUUUAUCGACAAUCGAUCAAUCUUCUUCCCUACCUACUCCACUAUUGGCGAUGGUGCUUUAGGUCCUGUCGCCUGGGUGGUUGGGGAAUAUGCUGAAUUGCUCUUAUCGCCCCACCGGUCUCUCUUGUCAUUGAUCGACACAUCCAAUUCAUCCCUUCCACCCCACACACUUUCCCUCUUCCUGCAAGCCAUCCCAAAGAUCUUCGUUCAUGUCAGCCAGGUCACCAACACGGGCGAUGCGUGGAAUAGUGAGAUGUCACUCCUGCUUGCGCGUGUUGUGGAGUUCCUCGAGACUCUGGCAUCCCAUCCGGAUUUAGAUGUUCAAGAACGAGCUAUUGAGUUCUUGGAAGUCCUGCGGCUGGCCGCCGAGGCAUUACAUUCUGAAACCCAAGAUGUCCCUUUCCUUCUCACCUCAGUGAUACCGAGUCUGUUCAGAGGGCUUGAGCUGAACCCCGUUGCAGCCAGUGCCCAGCGGAAAGUUGUUCUCCCUGAUACUCUUCGCUUGGAUGAAGCAUUCAGUCAUGAUCUGCCGGGUCUUUUCCGGAAUUUGAGCGACUUAUCAUCAGUCAACUCAAAAUCCUGGGAGGCAUCAGACUUCUACCAUACCCCUGAAAUCAUGUCUCUGGCCAAGAACGUCCAUGAUUCUACGCUAAAUGAUACACCUUACGGCUCCCAUUCAAACCUCAAUGAUUCAAUGGAUCCCAAUGCGACGCAAAGAAGAAUUUUGGAACGAAAGGAACGUUUCAAGGAUGACCCCUUCUACAUUGUCCCAUCCGCAGACUCAUCUGGCACUUCUACGCCGUUCCACGAAAUUUUGAACAACUCCAAUGGCGAGGCUCUGGACAUCGAUUCGAUCCCUAUUGUUGAUUUGAAGUUGGGUGAUGACCAACCAAGGGUCCACUCUGACCGCCCCAGAAGUCGCCGAGCUCCGAGCAGGCUAGUAGUCGCUGGCGACGAAACAUUUGAGAUUACAAAUGCAACUGUCCAUGCCUCUACAUCUCGCGGUGCCGGUGCCGGUGCCGCCGCACCUAAGCGCUCCCUCCUCCAGGUUGAUUCCAGCAAUCUCGGGAGCUUGUCCUUGGCCCAGGAGCCCUCUCAUACCACCGCGGACCAAGGGGAGACGGAAAUGGCCAACGCAAUGCGUCAAGUUGAAGAGGUACGACUGCGCAUGCAAAGAGCAUCGGAGCGAAUCGAGCUCGAUGGAACCCCGGCCGAAGGAACUCUCGUCAAGAAAAAGAAAAAGAAGCCCAAGAAGCAAGCUGGUUCAGGCUCUCCAGACGCCACGAAAGCUCUACCAGAGUCAUCGGCUAUUCGGAAGAAAAAGAAGAGAAAAGACUGCGAGAAGCAAGCCGAAGAGAAUGAACCCCCCUCGGCUUCUAUGUAA